AUGUCGCGGAAAACUCAAGAUGAGAUUGUUGAUGAGAGCUCAUCGCAGAAUGAGGAUGACUUCUCCGGUUUUGAGGACGAGGACACUCAAGUGAAAUCAAACGACCAGAUGGAUGUCGAUGAGCCCGAUUCAGAUGAGGACGAACUUGAGCGACUCGUGCUCGGAAACAAAGCAGGGUUCCGGGCCAAUCUCUUCAAGAAUGUCGCUGAUUCUGACGAUGAUGAGGCUUUGAAGAGUCUGAGAUUGGACGAUGACGGACAAGCACCUGGGACCACCGGCCAUGAGGACCUGGACGACUCGGCUCUCUUCAUGUUCGACACUGGCUCGGCGCCAAUCGAUGGAAAACAGCUCACUGAGACGGCCACAACUGUCGCUAGAGUCGACGAGCCUCAGCCUGCCUGGGUCGACAGCGACGAUGAGAGACUGGUGGUCUCGCUCGCCGGCGUCAAGCAGCUGCGGAAGCUGCGUGAAUCGGAGGCUGAUGACCUGGUCAACGGGACAGAGUAUACCAGGCGCUUACGACAGCAUUACCUGCGUCUCAACCCGCUUCCCUCCUGGGCUAAGGAUACCUCGGAGCGCAAGACAAAGAGGCGGCGAAGAUCAUCUGCUGCCUCGUCCGGCUCAGAUUCUUCCUCGGGUUCUGAACUCAGUGGCGAUGACGAGGACAUCGCUGCCUUGCCACUGGAAAGAUUCCUUCGUGAUGCCGGCGCUCUUCAAGGUGAUGGUGGGAGGAGAAAGAAGCGCAAGCUCCGGCCCGAAGUCAUUGACAUCCAGCGCACCCGCGACAUCGCCGAUACGCACAAGGGCCCCGUCGACUCGAUUUCAUUCCAUCCCCAACACCCAGUCCUCCUUUCCUCAUCAAAAUCAUCAAUACUGUAUCUUCACCACAUUGACCCCAGCGCGCACCCCACGCCAAACCCACAACUCACUUCCGUGCAAGUCAAGUCCGUGCCCAUCCGACGGUCCGCCUUUUUGCAUCCCAGUGGCGACGAGAUCAUUUUCGCAGGGCGGCGUCGAUUCUUUCACAGCUGGAACCUCUCGACUGGCAUCGUGAAGAAAGUCACCAAGAUUCAGGGUCACCAGGAAGAGCAGAAGACCAUGGAACGGUUCCGGCUCAGCCCUGAUGGAAACCACAUGGCCCUCAUAGCGACGAGUCGGAAAGGUGGUGGCAUGCUGAACAUUGUCAGCGUAAGUAGCAUGCAGUGGGUUGCGCAGGCGAGGCUGGACAGCCGUGGUGGUAUUGCAGACUUUGUCUGGUGGAAGGACGGCCAGGGUAUCACCAUUCUUGGCAGGGACGGUCAAGUUGCCGAGUGGUCGCUUGUGACGAGGCGGACGGUGGGCAUUUGGAGGGACGAGGGCUCUAUCGGUGGCACCGUGGUGGCCUUGGGCGGACGCGACGGGCCACAGGGAGCCGGAGGGGACAGAUGGGUCGCUCUGGGCUCGACCAGUGGCGUGUUGAACAUCUACGACAGGAGCGAGCUCAUCUCCAAGGCUGAAGGGGACGCUGUGGAGAUCAAGCCGCUGCCCACACCCACACGCAGUUUUGAGCAACUAACCACGCCAAUAACGGUUACCACAUUCAGCCCCGACGGACAGUUGCUCGCCUUUGCCAGCCAGCACAAGAAAGAUGCUUUCAAGCUCGUGCAUCUCCCGAGCUGCACGGUCUAUAGGAACUGGCCGACCGAACAGACGCCAAUGGGCAGGGUCACGGCGGUCACAUUCGGGAAGUCCAAGGACGCUGAUGUGCUAGCGGUAGGGAACGACGUUGGCAAGAUCAGGAUGUGGGAGAUUAGGAAUUAG